CGGCGACGCAUGUCGUCGUUCACGAUGGUGCUGGUGCUCGUGGUGCAAACGCUCGCGGCGAUCCUCGCGAUCGCUGACGCGAGCUACGUCGAUCCCGAGGCCAGAUCGAUCGUCGUCGACUCCUCGAUCGAACAGGGGCACGAGGAUGAUAACGCGGUGAUCGUCGAUGCUGCCAUCAUUUCGGGUGGGCGAUUCGAAUCGAGGGACAGUCGCGGUAUUCUGUGGAACGGAAUAUCUAGUCGCGAUACCUGUCUGACGUCGAAAGGUGAGGUUGGUCGUUGCACCAGCUUCAAAGAGUGCUAUCCCUAUUUCAAAAUCCCCGAUCUGAGCGCCCUGGACGGUUGGGUCCUCGGUGUUUACGACACCUGCAGUUACGUUCGAGAUCCUGGCCAAACUAGCUUCGGGAUUUGUUGCUCUAACGUACUUCCGGUCGUUACGCCACCUUCGAGCGAGAAGGACGAGACUGACGUAGAAGAUGCACAGGGAACCGACAAAGAUGAGAACAACGACGCAACGACCACGAAACGACCGCCUCAAACACCAGGUUCCUGGCCACCGCCGAUACCGACGCAUCCACCCGACCACACCAUCCCACCGCUGCCCACCCACCCGCCGUAUUUCGAUUUUGUGACGAUCUCCACGGUGAAACCGAUCACCACCACGAAUAAGCCCACCUACGGUACGACCUGGCCGACCAAGAGACCCGGCUGGUGGCCGGGUACACCGACCGCGCCUACCACCACGCAGAGAUCCACCACGGGAAGUUUUUCUGGCACGGUCGGAUCCCAAUGUGGAGCGAAGAACGGUAAUCAGGACCAGGAACGCAUUGUGGGUGGUCAGAAUGCCGAUCUCGGCGAGUGGCCUUGGGUCGCGGCGCUCUUCAACUCCGGACGACAAUUCUGCGGCGGGUCGCUCAUCGACGAUAAACACAUUCUAACCGCGGCUCAUUGCGUUGCCAACAUGAACCCGUGGGACGUGGCGAGGCUAACGGUUCGUCUUGGCGAUUACAACAUCAAGACCAACACGGAGAUUAAACACGUCGAACGACGAGUGAAACGAAUAGUCAGACACAGGGGCUUCAAUCUACGUACCUUGUACAACGACAUUGCUCUUCUGACUCUCAGCGAGCCCGUUCCGUUCACGGCACAGAUACGACCCAUCUGCCUGCCAAGCGGAUCCCAGCUGUACGCUGGAAAGACUGCGACGGUCAUUGGCUGGGGUUCUUUAAGAGAGAGUGGCCCGCAACCGGCAAUUCUUCAAGAGGUUUCGGUUCCAGUCUGGACUAAUAACGAAUGCAAAGUGAAGUACGGUGCAGCAGCACCCGGUGGUAUCGUGGACAGUUUUCUUUGCGCGGGACGGGCCGCGAAGGAUUCUUGUUCGGGCGACAGCGGCGGCCCUCUGAUGGUUAACGAUGGACGCUGGACGCAAGUGGGAAUUGUCAGCUGGGGUAUAGGAUGCGGGAAGGGCCAGUAUCCGGGCGUUUACACGAGAGUAACGCAUUUCCUGCCCUGGAUUAACAAAAAUCUAAAGUAAAGGAGAGGAGGUUAAUACAGGUGCCACUCGUUCCAAUCGAUAAAGUAUUCAAUUUUGGUCGGUAUCAUUCUCACAAUCAUCCAAUAACGCGACGCAUCAUCAUGUAGAAUAACGAGACUUUGUACACACAUAAAAACAGCCCUCAUUCGCUCGGUCAAGAAA